AGGAAAGACUUGCAGUCUCCCUGAGCCCAAGGUAAAGGUGAGCAGCCGGCACAAUGGAGGAAGAUGGAAAAGGGCAGCAAAAGCCCAAAGGGCAGAAAACUGGAAUUAAAAAGUUUUUCGUCACUGAGUCCUCUCCAACAAAGAAAGUACCGACACUAUGUGGAACAAACUAUCCGUUGAGCAUAGUUUUCAUUAUUGUCAACGAGUUCUGCGAACGAUUUUCCUAUUAUGGCAUGAAAGCUGUUCUCACCUUGUACUUUCUGAAUUAUCUUCACUGGGAUGAGAAUCUGUCUACCACAAUUUACCAUGCCUUCAGUGGUCUCUGCUAUUUCACUCCCAUUAUUGGGGCUCCCAUUGCUGAUGCUUGGCUUGGAAAAUUCAAUACCAUCUUUUGGCUGUCUAUUCUGUACGUGAUUGGUCACAUUAUAAAAUCCGUGGGGGCUAUUCCAACCAUAGGAGGAACAGAGCUUCAUGUGGCCCUAUCCAUGAUUGGUCUGGUUGCCAUUGCUGUUGGCACAGGAGGCAUUAAACCCUGUGUAUCAGCCUUCGGAGGAGAUCAAUUUUCUGAAGAACAUGCAAAAGAAAGAACUAAAUUUUUCUCUAUCUUCUACAUUUCCAUCAAUGCCGGGAGUCUUAUCUCAACCUUAGUGACUCCUGUACUCAGAGGAGGUGUUCAGUGCUUUGGAGAUGACUGCUAUGCACUUGCGUUUGGAGUUCCAGCCGCGUUAAUGGCAUUUGCCCUCAUUGUGUUUGUCGGAGGUAGUCCUAUGUACAAGAAAUAUCCACCGCAAGGAAAUAUUUUAUCUUCUGUCUUCAAAUGUAUUGGAUUUGCACUGAAGAAUCGUUGGCGUCAUCGCUCUAAGCAGUAUCCCAAAAGAAAACACUGGAUGGAUUGGGCCAGUGAGAAAUAUUCUAAAAAACUAAUUACAGAGGUGAAAAUGGUCACUAGUGUCUUGUUCCUGUAUAUUCCGUUACCCAUGUUCUGGGCUCUCUUUGACCAGCAGGGUUCCAGGUGGACUUUGCAAGCAACACGCAUGAACUCAGAUUUUGGAGGAUUUGUCAUUCAACCAGACCAGAUGCAGAUUAUGAACCCACUGAUGAUCCUGAUUCUUAUUCCAAUUUUUGAUCUUGGGAUUUAUCCACUCAUUAAACUUUGCAAAAUCAAUUUUAAGCCUUGUCCAAAGAUGGCACUGGGCAUGGUGGUGGCAGCUUUAGCCUUUGCAGUGGCAGCAGUUGUUGAAAUCAAAGCAAAUGAAACAGUCCCCCCAACCAUAAAAGGAAAUGAAAGUUACCUGCAGGUUGUGAACUUUGCAAGCUUAAGCGUCAAAGCUAAUAUUCCAGGACAUGAAGUAAUUACACAACCUAGCUUGACUGGGGAGAACCGCCAGGAUCCUGAUUACGUAAAAUUAAAUCUUCCUAAUGCGCAUUCCAGUUUAAGUAUUACGCUGGAAUACGAGGGGGGAUCUUCAACUUGCCAGGUUCAUCUUCACCAAAAAUCCAAUUUCAGCUUACUGGUUUAUCAAAAUAGCACUAAUCACUGGCUAUGCAAAUUGGUUGAAGAUGAAAGAAAAAAACCGUCCAACGGAUUGGCAUCUGUAAGGUUUAUUAAUACACUAGGUGUGGCAAUCAAUGCUACUGUUGGAAGUGAAACAGUCACUGCUGAAGCGAACUUUGGUGUGUCAAAAACGUUAACGCAAAAAAGAGGAACUAAUACAGCUAAAGUUCUCCUGCUAGAUGAUUUAAACGAAUAUGAUGUUGAUCUUGAGUUACUGGAUUUUGGAGGUGCCUACACAUUCAUUCUUACAGAGGUAUCUGGCGAUACACUUAAUGCAGUAAAGGUCGAGGAUGUUACAGCCAACAAUUUCCACAUUGCCUGGCAGAUACCGCAGUAUGUUCUGCUUAGUGCUGGAGAGGUCAUGUAUUCAAUCACUGGCCUAGAGUUCUCAUAUUCACAGGCUCCAGCCAGCAUGAAGUCUGUUCUAACAGCAGGAUGGCUCCUCACUAUUGCUGUUGGGAAUGUUAUUGUGCUAAUUGUUGCUCAGGCUGGAUCUAUGGAACAGUGGGCUGAGUUUGUCCUGUUUGGUGCCCUUCUGAUUGCUGUUAGCAUCAUUUUCUCCAUCAUGGCUUACUUUUAUGUCCCCACCAAUCCUGAUGACCUUCUUGAAGAGGAUGAGAAGAGUGAGAAGAAAAAACUGCCGGACGACUUCAAAGAAAUGCCGAGUGACAUCAAGAAAGUGCCAGUUGAUAUCAUACAAGCGCCAAGUGAUAAACAGAUAGAAAUAGCCCUGGAGGAAAAGAAGACAAAGAUCUAAAACGUAUAAACACACAGAGGAGUUAACUGUGAUUGAAAAUAAGCUAUGCACAUUAGAAUGGACUGCCUGUUGUUGAAGAUCAUAUCUGUGAACAAAUAAAUUCCUUGGACCAAAUUGACACCUUUGAAACAAAUUGAAAUGUUUGUCUCAUAGCAAAUGCAUAAAUGGUUUUAUGAUAUGUUCCAAAAUCAUGCCUUGCACUUGUAUAUUGUACAGCUUUGUGAAAUAUGUUAUUAGUUUUCCCUGUUAUAUUUCAAACCCUUAAUACAUUGUCUCUA